AACGAUCUGUUGCCGGUGACGGUGGAAAUGCAAGUCCGAGAAGCGAUGAACCUGAUGAUGAAAAAGUUAAUACUAUAACUAGGCUGAAACUGAAACCAUCUACAAUGACAUCGAUUGCAGCAACCAUGAGGCUAAAUAGAAGGAGUGAAAAUAAUAUUCCAAAAUUGGCUUUCUUGACGGAGAGUGAAUCAGACAACCUUGAAGAUGGCUAUAAAUGGCGCAAGUACGGUCGAAAAACCGUGAGAAACAGCCCUUACCCAAGGAACUACUAUCGUUGCACAGCAAUUGGUUGCAAUGUGAAGAAGAGAGUGGAGCGGUGGUUAGAUGAUCCCACCCAUGUAUUAACCACCUAUGAGGGUCUACACCUUCAUGGUUUGCCACCGAUCCCCCCUACUCCGUCCAAGUCCUUCCACCUCUACAACAACUGCACCACUGGCCCCAAACCUGACAGAUGCAGCUGUAGCUGUCGAUGUAAAGGUGCAGUCGCAGUUGCAGGUGCAGGGGAACAAAAUCGUGCUAAUAACGCUAUUACUAGUGUUCAUCUUGGAACUGUCAGUGGUGGUAGCGGUGUUAAUGACGGUGGCUCGCUGCGCAUCGUGGCAGGUGAAAAUGAAUUUAAUUAUAAUAAACACAUGCAGAAUGUAGAACAAGCAAUUACACCAAUAAUAUUACAGAACUUCAUGUUAAGUGCUCCACAGACUUCCUUGAAUAAUUUUACUCCCAUGACUAUUAUUAAUAAUGGUCAUUACCAAUCAUCACUGAUGAAUGUUCAUCAUGAUGGUAACAAUCAUCGUCAAGAUUGUUUUGGUGCUGGAUCUUCAAAUGGUGGUGCCGAGGAUUUGUUUAGGAACAAGAGUACUGGUACUGGGCUGCUUGAAGAUAUUGUUAAUUUCUCAUGAAUAGCAUCUCAUCGUCGUCAUUAUCAUCAAUCAAGCUUUCUGCAGGUGAAGAAAUUAUAAUGAGUAAUUCUCAGAUAUUCUCAAAAUAAAGAAGAAUAAAUAAAAUAGUUUGCUAUGUUGAUAUACAUAAUUUGACAUUUUAGCCUCUAUUUUAAUAAAAUAAAAUAC